AUGGGAUGGCUUUUGUCCUGUCGACAGGCAUACGUGGAAGGCAUAGACGUGCUUUAUAGAACAAACACCAUUCACAUGUCAGGCCAAGCCCUUAUUCUAAAUCUCCCUCAGUUGCUGCCGCCGCAGCGACUCUCUGCGAUUACAUCCCUUGAGAUUGUCUGUCCCCUCACGCUACACGGAGCCGAAGUUGGACCAAUCCCAGAAGUUGGCCUCCUAAAGGAUUAUCUCUCUGUAUUGGCCUCUAAUUUACCAAGCCUCACUCGGCUAUACCUAGCACUCAAAGCAAAAGGAUCCAACGCUCGUCCAGUGGGCAUGCAGAGCGUGUUUGAGGUUCUCGACGAAUUUGUCCUCAAGACAAGCCUUAAAGAGUUUACUGUGUCGCAUUCACAUACAGUAUUCACGCCCCUUUACAAUGCUGUUCGGAAUGAAAUUGCCGCUCAACACCGUCACCAAUACAAGACAAUCCCAGAGAUAUGGCGCAACGCUGAUGGCAGCUAUAUCCUACCAAUAUGGGGCCCCAACACCGAACCCUUUUACAAGCAAGUUGAGACUUCGUGGCCGAAGCCGCCUCGUGUGGGUUAUCGUACUGUUGGGGCGGAUGUAAACAUCUCAAGGGUUACUGUGGCGAUAACAGCCUCCGGGGAUUAA